AUGUCACUGGAGGUGAAGGGGAAGACCCACGUGCGUCUCGUGUUCCUGGGGGCGGCCGGGGUGGGCAAGACGGCCCUGAUCCGCCGCUUCCUGCAGGACACGUUUGAGGCGAAACACCGGCGCACGGUGGAGGAGCUCCACAGCCGGGAGUACGACGUAAGCGGCGUCAAGAUCACCGUGGAGAUCCUGGACACCAGCGGGAGCUACUCCUUCCCGGCCAUGCGCAAGCUCUCCAUCCAGAACAGCGACGCCUUCGCACUGGUCUACGCCGUGGAUGACCCCGAGUCGCUGGAGACGGUCAAGAGAUUGCGGGAAGAGAUCCUGGAGAUCAAGGAGGACAAGUACACCCCCAUGGUGGUGGUGGGCAACAAGACGGACCGCGUGGGCGAGAGGCGGGUGUCCGGAGACGAGGUGCUGUCCACCGUGGAGAUGGACUGGAACAGCAGUUACCUGGAGGCUUCGGCCAAGGACAACGACAACGUGGUGGAGGUGUUCAAGGAACUCCUGCAGCAGGCCAACCUGCCCAGCCGCCUCAGCCCGGCUCUUCGCCGACGCAGGGAGACCUUCCCCAAACACGCCCACUUCAGGCCCCCCAUGAAUAAGACCAACAGCUGCACCGUGUCCUAAGGGCAGGGACAAAAGAGGACAUGUUCAAAAGUGGGCGGCAAGUGAAGAGCGGUCUCCUCCAGGCUUGGAGACCCUCAAGUGAAGGACACCAGAGAAGGGACUCAUCAUGAUAGAAAAAAAAAAACCAAACAAAUUAAUUAUUCCUCUCUUGAUGUAGUGCGUACUUGCAGCUGUUAAGAUCAAUGUCAAACCUAAAAGGCUGUCUUAACUGUUAUACUUACAAAUGCAUACAUGUCGGAACUCAUCAGUUACAUUUUAGUACGGUACAUCUUUUUGUAAUUGUGCACAAGAGCCAUUACUUUUUUGUUUGUUUGUUUGUUUAUGAAAAUGUGUAAAUACACUGCUCUUUUUAAAAAAAUUAAGUUUAUUCAUGAUUAUUGAAGUUGUUUUGUAUUGAUGUAUUUUUUUAUCAUGUCACACUGUAUUGUUGUACAAUUUUGUUUAUUGAAACAAAUGUAUUGUGGGGUUAAAUAUGCAUCAUAAAAAACAAAGAUCCAUACAAAAUGUGGGUUGAGUCAACAUGAAUGUCAACUGGUCAACAAAGCUUCUUUCUUUGCAUUUCAGAUUUUUUAAAAAUCUGAACAUGUGAACUAUAUCUAUAUUAGCAUUCAUCCAAUAAAACAGAA